UUCUCCUGGAUUUUUGGAUGCACCGAUGAGAGAUCCAGCUUUCCUGGGGACUGCGAUGGCUUAUCACCCUUUUCACCCUCCCAGACCAGCCGAUUUCCCCAUGUCUGCUUUCCUAGCAGCCACACAGCCCUCCUUCUUCCCGGCUCUAGCUCUGCCCCCGGCUGCUUUGGGAAAGCCCCUUACGGACCCCAGCCUCGCCGGAGCGGCUGAUGCCGGGCUGCAUGUCUCGGCCCUUGGACACCACCACCAAGCAGCUCAUCUGCGCUCCCUCAAGAGCCUGGAGCCGGAGGAGGAGGUGGAAGACGACCCCAAAGUGACCCUGGAAGCCAAGGAACUCUGGGACCAGUUCCACAAAUUGGGCACCGAAAUGGUUAUCACCAAAUCGGGAAGGAGAAUGUUUCCUCCCUUUAAAGUAAGAGUGAGUGGCCUGGACAAGAAGGCCAAAUAUAUUUUAUUAAUGGAUAUAGUUGCAGCAGAUGACUGCCGGUACAAAUUCCAUAAUUCACGCUGGAUGGUGGCUGGCAAAGCUGAUCCAGAAAUGCCAAAACGUAUGUACAUCCACCCGGACAGCCCUGCCACAGGGGAGCAGUGGAUGGCCAAACCUGUUGCAUUUCACAAGCUCAAACUCACCAACAAUAUCUCAGACAAGCAUGGCUUUACUAUCCUAAACUCAAUGCACAAGUAUCAGCCCCGGUUCCAUAUAGUAAGAGCCAAUGACAUUCUGAAGCUCCCCUAUAGCACGUUUAGAACCUAUGUAUUUCCAGAGACUGAUUUUAUAGCUGUGACUGCGUAUCAGAACGAUAAGAUCACCCAGCUCAAAAUUGAUAACAAUCCCUUUGCUAAAGGAUUUAGAGACACGGGUAAUGGAAGACGAGAGAAAAGAAAACAACUCACCCUCCCAUCUCUGCGGAUGUAUGAAGACCAGUGUAAAGCAGACAGAGAUGGGGCAGAAUCAGAUGCCUCUUCUUGUGAUCCUGCCCCAGGCAGGGACACUCUGCACUCUCCCCUGGGUACAGAGCAAAGUCCAUUGAGACUCAGUCGAAGUAACAGAGAAGACAAAUUCAGUGUGGACAGCGAUCAGGAGUUAGAAAGGCGUGAAGUAAGGACUGCGAGAGGUCACAGUCCUGGAGGGACUCUAUCUGCCCCUAGUAGCCCCAGGCUAGAAGAGAAAAGCAAAGAGAAAUCCACUCCAGAAAAGAAGAUUGAGUCACCAGAGACUCGCAAGGACAGUGACAGCAUCUUCAGUGUAAGGGGUUUAGAGAAGGACAAGCUGGAGAGCAGGAGGAAAGAGGAAUCCAAAAACACAGACUGUGGAAGUUUAAGUAAAGAGACCUUUGCCCCCCUCAUGGUACAGACUGAUAGCCCUCCACACUUGAGUGCCAGCCACCUGCAGAGUCUAGCUCUCUCUGGUCUCCACAGCCAACAGUUUUUUAACCCCUUGAAUCCUGGACAGCCGCUCUUCAUCCACCCAGGACAGUUUACAAUGGCCCCAGGGGCUUUCUCUGCUAUGGGCAUGGGACAUUUGUUGGCCUCUAUGACGGGAGCAAAUGGGUUGGAUAAUGGAUCCCUCUCCUCUGUCCAGGGGGCUACUGGAGCAGCUAACCCCUUCCCAUUUCACCUUUCUCAGCACAUGCUGGCCUCUCAGGGGAUUCCAAUGCCCACCUUUGGGGGAUUGUUCCCAUACCCCUACACCUAUAUGGCAGCAGCUGCCGCAGCCGCAUCUGCUAUGCCAGCCACCAGCGCUACCACCACUAUGCCAAGGAACCCUUUCCUCAGCACCACAAGACCUCGCCUUCGCUUCAGCCCUUACCAGAUCCCCGUGACCAUUCCUCCCAGCACUAACCUCUUGACCACUGGAUUGCCAGCUAGCCUGAACCUGGGGUCAGAGAGCUCUAAACCAGGCAGCAGCCGAGAGUCCAGCCCCAUCCCAGACACUCCUGUCCACAAGAGAUCUCACUCGAGUUCUCACUCACCCAAGGGCUCAAUAAAGGAUUCCAUAAACGAGCUUCAGAAUAUCCAGAGACUGGUCAGUGGUUUGGAGAGCCAGAGAGAAGUCUCACCUGGCAGGGAGACACCAAAGUGACCAACGGUUGGCGUCACUACCCACCUGAGCAACAGGGGCUCGAAAGCACUGGGAAUUUGUACAGCACAGCAAAACUAUUUAUUUAAAGGAAUGGGCAGCGAUCAAAGAGGAGUGCGAAUAUAACUACACACACCAAGUACCCAAGAAUGAAGAAUAUACACGAAUAUAUAUAUUCAAUAGAGUGUUGAGGUCACAAACAUCUUACAUGGGGAUAGAGGACAAUCUUUAUGAGGUAUCAAAGACUCAUGGUGCUAUUGUGAUGGAACUCCUCUCUUACUCACAAUACACAAUACAAGAAAUUGCCCAAGAAUGCAAAGACUGAAUCAAGCAGAUGAUGGACAAAUGGGGAACAAAAAUUCCUUAAAUUUCUUCUUGAAAGGGGGGGGGGUCUUGGAGGUGUUUGUUUAAAGCUGACAUUUGGAAACACUAGCCAGAUAUGAAAAAUGUCUAAUCCGAUUGUGAAUACAAACUAAAUAAUAAAAAAAAAGUAAUAAAAUAUAAUAUUGCAUUAAAAAAAUGAAAUGCUAUUGCUAACUGAAUUCAGAUACUUAAACUGCAUCCUUCACCAAAUCAGAAAACUGGUACACUAGGGGUUUUUCUACCUGUAUGCCAGAUAUAUUUAUGAAAAAUAGUAAUUUGUAAAUAAGCUAUACGAUCCCAAAAUAUGCAAAUUGGUAUUAAUUUAUUAAGAGUUGUACAUGGUGUGUACAUAAUAUUUAGAAAAAAUUCAUCACAUCUAAUUUUCCUUUUUUUUCAGUUUACCUGAUACAUAUAUAUAUAUAUUGUAAAUUAAAACCUAUUUAGCUCUUUGUGAUUGAAGGAGAUACAAUAUGGUUUCUUUGUGUUUUUAUUUUACUUAAAUUUUUUUUUAUCCCGCCUGUUAUUUAGGUCAAUCAUGUGCCAUCCUUGCAUUCAGUAAAGGCUUGUUUUUUUAAGGUAAAAAUAAAACCAUGAUGUAAUUUACAGAGCGGGGUAUAAAAUGCAGGAAUAAACCUCAGGUUUUUGUUUUCACUCCAGUUCAAUAAAGUAUAAUUAUCACAAA